AAAAAAAAAAAAAAAAAGAGACUUCAGUUGAGGAAAACAGUGUUCAGAAUUUGGAGUAAGAGUGUGUAAAGUGUCCAUUUUUAUUUGUAGAAACAGAGAAUAGUUAAUAAGUUAAGAGUCUUUUCAUGAAUCGUGCUCGCUCGCUCGCUCGAGGUUUCUGAAAACAUGGAAUUUGGGAAAUCCAGGGAGGAGGAAGACGCUCAUGUUUGAAAUUGAAAUUGAAAUUGGACUCAGGUGCUGUUGUUGUUGAACUUGAAGCCGAUACCACCAUCAACCGCUCUGGGGUUCAGUUGAUAUCUAGAGAUACAUGAGUGGCAACAGGCAGAGGACCCUUGGGGGUGGGGGUCAGCAUGUACUGGACUACCUGAAACGAAUGCAUGCAGAGAAUCCUGCUUUCUAUUAUGCAGUUCAGGGUGAUAAUGAUCACGCUAGUGGAAAUAUAUUCUGGAUAGAUGCAACAUCCAGAAUGAACUAUUCUUACUUUGGGGAUGCUGUUCUAUUUGACACAACAUACAGGACAAACCGGUAUAGGGUACCCUUUGCCUCAUUCACAGGGUUUAAUCAUCAUGGGCAGCCUGUGUUAUUUGGUUGUGCACUAAUUCUCAAUGAGUCAGAGUCCUCCCUCAUAUGGCUAUUCCAAACUUGGCUUCAUGCAAUGUCUGGACGACCACCCGUCUCUAUAACAAGCGAUCCAGACCAGUUUGUACAAGUUGCUGUCACACAAGUUCUUCCUGAAACCCGCCAUCGUUUCUGUAAGCGGACCAUAUUCAGAGAAAUGCAAGAGAAACUGGCUCAUUUAUACCAGUCACAUCCUACUUUCGAUACAGAAUUCAAAAAGUGCAUAAAUGAGACUGAGGCAAUUGAUGAAUUUGAGUCAUGCUGGGCUUCACUUCUGGAGAGAUACUAUCUCAUGGGUGAUGAAUGGCUUCAGUCAAUGUACAAUGCUCGGCAACAGUGGGUCCCAGUAUACAUGCGAAACACUUUCUUUGGAGAGAUAUCUAGAAGUGAAGGAAGCGUGGGUUUAAAUUUGUUCUUUGAUGGAUAUGUGAAUGCAUCCACUACCAUACAGAUGAUGAUUAAGCAGUACGAGAAAGCUAUAGCAAGUUGGCAUGAUAAGGAAUUAAAGGCAGAUUACGACACUACUAACGCUACCCCUGUUCUGAAGACACCAUCUCCCAUGGAAAAACAAGCUGCAAAUCUUUAUACAAGGACAAUAUUCAUGAAAUUUCAAGAGGAACUGGUUGAGACCCUUGCUAAUCCUGCAACCAAAAUUGAUGACUCAGGGACAGUCACCACGUAUCGAGUGGCCAAAUUUGGGGAAGACCACAAGGCACACACUGUGACUUUCAAUUCUUUUGAGAUGAAAGCUAGUUGCAGCUGCCAAAUGUUCGAGUAUUCUGGAAUUAUUUGUAGGCAUGUAUUAGCAGUUUUUAGAGCGAAAAACGUUCUCACUCUUCCAGCUCAGUAUAUAUUGAAACGAUGGACAAGGAAUGCCAAGAGUGGUGCAGUGUUGGAUGAACAUGCUGCGGAGUUGCCAAACAGUUCUCGGGAAUCUUUAACUGUGCGGUAUAACAAUCUACGUCAGGAAGCAAUCAAAUAUGUAGAAGAAGGAGCAAAAUCUAUCCAUAUUUAUAAUGUGGCAAUGGAUGCUUUAAAAGAGGCUGCUAAGAAGGUUUCUUCUGUGAAGAAUAGAGGUCCAGGACCUACCCAAGGUGCUACUCUAGUAAAUGGAGGUGGGCAAGAAUUGCAUGCAACUCAAGAAAAUCAAACGGCAACAUAUCAAUCUGUGGAUGAGAAGAAAAAGAAAAUUAGUGAAUUGACUGCCGAGUUGGAGAAUACAAAUCAACGAUGUGAAGUGUAUCGGUCAAACCUGCUAGCUGUUCUGAAAGAUAUGGAAGAACAGAAGUUGAAGCUAUCAGUGAAGGUUCAAAAUGCGAGGCUUAGCUUGAAAGAAUGAACAGUACAUGCAUUACAUAUUUCAUGUUUCGUGUACAUCUUUCACAUACUGGUGAGCAUCUUGCAAGUGAGGGGGAGGGUGAUUGUAGCGGCAGGCAGCUGUUGUUUGAUUUGAAACAUUUAUUUUCCCUAAGAGAUUUAGAAUGUAUGAUAAAGAUGUUAGAUCCAAAUGUUGAAGUAUCUGGCUGGAUGAACCAUAUGUUAGACUAAAGACAGUAGGAGCGAUCUUUGUGACAUAAGAAUACCCAAAUGUUGACUCCUGAUGCACUUUGAAGUGCAGAGGAGGAGGGGUAAACUAAAAGGCCCAAUUAUUAACGUUUUAAUGAUGCACUCCUGAUGAUGCACUUUAGGUGGGCGAAUGAACAUACUGUGAUUAGCCUAAGUAAAAAGAAAAUGAUUAAUAUGUUGUCUUGUUUCA